AUGAGAGUUGGUGGUUUUGUAGGGGUGUCAAAUCCCCCGCACGACACUGACACACAAGAAUCGAGGACGUCCUCAGAUGAUACUGCCGCCCAAGAAUACGGUCCCCCCGAGAAGAGACAGAGACGUACCGAUCCAUAUGAUGAGGAGUCUUUGGAUGAUCGAAUCGAGCGGCUGGGAAGGGAGCGUCCCUCCUGCUUCAAGACGAUAUGGUCGGAGAUUGCCUUCGUCUUUAGCAUCGUCAUGUCGCAGAUCUUGACCGAGUACUUUGUCUCUGGUUUCAACGUCAUAUUACCCAAGCUCAUCAUCGAGCUUAAGAUCCCCCAGUCGUCGAGUGUCUGGCCGGCCACCGCUUUUUCUUUGGUCAUUGCAAGCACUCUGUUGGUUUUUGGCAGAUUAGGAGACAUGUUUGGUGGGUAUCCAGUCUACCUCGCCGGUCUGGCAUGGCUGGCGGUUUGGAGUCUCGUCUGCGGGUUCAGCACCAACGCGCUCAUGAUGGACUUCUGCCGGGCGCUCCAGGGGUUUGGAGCGGCGGCCUAUUUACCAACGGGCGUGAUGCUGAUGGGAACCGUCUAUCGCCCGGGCCCUCGCAAGAAUCUGGUCUUUGCCCUUUACGGUACAUUUGCCGUGGUCGGGUUUUUCUUCGGCAUCUUCUGUGGUGGCAUUGUUGGCCAGUUCCUCAAUUGGGGAUGGUACUUCUGGAUUGGUGCCAUCCUCACGGUGGUCAGUCUGGCGACCUCGGCCUUGUCUAUCCCCAACGAUCGAAAAGAACGGCAGCACAAUGGGAUUGUCAUGGACUGGCUGGGCGCUGCCACCAUCGUCUCGGGAUUAGUUCUCGUCGUCUUUGCCAUCACCGAAUCAGCCCACGCCGAAUUGCGGUGGCGGACGCCCUACAUCGCCACACUCUUCUGCGUCGGAUGCGUUCUUCUGUUGGUUGCGGUGUACGUGGAGGGAUGGGUCGCCAAAAUGCCGCUGCUGCCGAGUGACAUCUUCACGGUACCAUGCAUGACUCAACUGAUCGUUGCUACGCUUUUGCUGUACGGGAACGCAGGUAUCUUCCUUCUGUAUGGGACGCAGUACUUCCAAAACAUCAUGGGUGCCAGCCCGAUCCAGGUUGUUGCCUGGUAUACCCCCAUGGUGGUAGGCGGGCUCGUCCUGAGUACCGUGGAGGGAUUUAUCCUCCACCUGGUCUCCGGCCGGCUGCUGCUGAUCAUCUCGGGUCUAGGAGCAGUAGGGUCUCAGCUGCUACUCGCCCUGGUACCCAAGGGGGGUAACUACUGGGCGUGGAUUCUUCCUGCCACGUUCCUCGCCACUGUGGGCAUCGACAUUUCCAUCAACUUGAUCGCCGUCUUCAUUACUACGCAGCUACCCAAGGCCCGGCAAGGAUUAGCAGGAGGCCUCCUCAAUUCCAUCCUCCAGCUCGGCUUUGCUUUGGUGCUUGGUGUCUGCGACAUCAUCCAGUCGUACACCGUGGAAGAGGACGGACUACGACAGAGCUACAAGAACACAUUCUGGAUGGGAGUGGCUCUCGGUGGCGCCAGUCUGGUUCUGGUGACAAUCUGGGGCAGAGUCCCAAAGGCGAAGAGCGAUCUCACUGCGGACGAGAAGUUGGAGCUGCAACGAGAAGUUACAAACAUGUCGUCAGCCUCGGUACCGAUGCCAUGA